AUGAGUGCCGCUGUUCCAAAGCUCACCGAGCUCGUCUGCCGAGAUGUAUCUGCUAUCUACAUGGCAUCGAAGAUUGCAGUGGGCACCCUCAUGUGUGCGCAGUGCGGUGACGGCGCAAUCAGGACCCCCGCAGUCCGGAAGCUCGCCAAGCUUCUGAGGCUCGCGGACUACUUAACGAGUGCCGCCGAGUGGAAGCUCACUGAUCUCUAUCUCGGAGUGUCUCAACAGGCUAUCGAAGGCCGCUGUGGGCACGCUUGCGCAGGUGCGACGGGGUAA